AUGGAAAAAUUUGGCGAGAAUUCGGCUGAUAACCUAAUAAUUUGUGGCGAUAGUUUAAAUGCUCUGACUAGUUUAACCAAAAUCCCAGAAUAUCGAAAAAAAUAUGUCAACAAAGUCAAGUUAAUUUAUAUUGACCCACCUUUCAAUACCGGACAAAUGUUUGCUAAUUAUGACGACCAAUUAGAGCAUUCAAUUUACAAAAACCCCGAUAAUGACCCACGUGGUUCGUGGAUAGAAGGAGAUUUUACUAUUGGAGAAAUUACCGGAAAUAGGUACUCUAUCACUACUCCUGGUGGAAAAAUUAUCACUCCCCCACCCGGACAGGCAAGCGACCUUAUGCCUACAACUUGGUGGUCGCACGAGGAAGCGGGACAUAACAAUGAAGCCAAAAAAGAAAUCUUAAAAUUAUUCCCGGAUAUUGAACCUUUUCAAACCCCCAAACCAGAAAGGCUGCUCCAAAGAAUUAUCCAAAUUGCUACGAAUGAAGGUGAUAUUGUGCUGGAUUAUUUUGCUGGUUCAGGGACAACUGCGGCAGUGGCACAAAAAUUAAGGAGAAAGUGGGUUAUUGUGGAAAAAAAUGAGGAUACAGUUAAUACUUUUGCGGUUCCGCGAUUAAAAAAAGUUAUUAGCGGCGAGGAUAAAGGCGGAAUUACCGAAAAUGUUUUAAAUGGUAAAUUAGCGAAAUUGGUCGCUACCCAAUUAGAAUAUGAUUAUCAGCCCGAAAAUGAAUAUUUUUGUGGCAAAAAAGGGGAUGUUUUAUUAGCGGUGGUGGAAGGGAUGUUGACAGAUGGAUUACUAAACUUUUUGCUGAAUUCGAAAGAGGAAAAGCAGUUUUUAGAAGUGGCAGCGUUGGCGGUUGACCCAGAUUUGGAGAGCAAAAAUUACAACAAUGUUAAAAUUGAGCUGCUUAAUUUAAAAAACCUAGAAUUUAAAUUAGCAAAAGAAGGAAUAACAAUAAUUGUCGGUCAAAAUAACACUGGAAAAACACGAUUAUUGAAUUAUAUUUAUCAAGAAAACGAGAAUUGGGAUAAACUUAACGAAAAAUACGAAAGAGACUUAUACAAAUUUUUAUCUAUAUUCUUCUGGGAUAAUCUUUAUGUUUGUAGCCCAACGCAUAAAGAAUUUAUCAGGGAAGAAAAAAUGGGUGAUAUAAAAUGCUCCUAUGACUUAUAUUACUUUGAUUUAAGUUCAAGUUUCUCAUUAAUCAAUAAACAGAAAGGGCAAAAAGAAAUCAAAUUUGAGAACAGAAAAAGCCGUGCUUGCGAAGUAUAUUAUACUGAAAAAAACAUGGAGAAAGGAAUUCGUUCUUUAAAUAGUGUGGUAAUGAAGAAGGUAGAAAAAACUAUAUAUCCUGAACCUUUACUGCUUGACUAUAAAGAUGAAGAAGGAAAUUUUGAUGUAGAUGCUGAAUACGGAACAAGAGGAAGAAAUUAUGGCAUGAAAAUUUCUCAUUCACUAACCGAUGUUCGGGAAGUAUUACUCCAUCCUGUAUUAACCAAUAAAGUUGUUUCCCUAAUUAAGAAACUAGAAAAUGAAAGCAUUACAACAAUUUUGACUACUCAUUCGCCAACUUUUUUAUCUCAAUUUAUCCACGAUGAAAAAGUAAAUUUAGUUUUAACACAAAAAGAAGAAGGUAACUUAAAAAAACCCCUUUAUUUUUGGAAAAUAAUAAAUGCUAUCAAAGAAAAGGUUAAAGAAGGAUACAAAAAAUAUGCUAGAAAAAUAUUAAAGAUUUUAUUCAGCAAACAGGUGCUUUUUGUUGAAGGAAUGACUGAAUAUAUUCUUUUUAAUAACAUCUUAAAGGAAAAAUUGAGUAAAGAAUUAGAAAAAAGAGAAAUAGAAAUUAUACCUAUUUUCGAUUAUGGCGAAAGACAUGACAAUAACGAAAAUACAAAUAUUUUUCAUACCAAAAACACUAGAAUUAGUUGGGUACAUUUCAAUAUCGAAGAAUUUUUAGGAAUACCAACAACGGAUAGAAAUAAAGAGUAUAAUCUCAUUAGCAGAGCGGGCGAUAGAAAUGCAAUGCUUAACCAAAUCAUUCUCGACAACAUUUCUAAAAAACUAGAACUCCGCGAACCUAACCAAAAAGCAGUUCAAGCUUUUUUAAACCAUUAUUACAAACAAAAUCAAAAUUCGGAAAAAUUGGCUGACCGAAGGCUUGAUAAUUUUAAUAAAUUGUCCGAAUGUAUUCUCUCGGUAGCCACCGGAGUAGGAAAAACUUACAUAAUUGCUGCUAUUUUAAACUAUUUAGCCGAAGCAGAAAAGAUAACUAAUUUUCUCAUUGUGGCCCCGGGAAAGAUAAUUAGAGAAAAGACCAUUAAUAAUUUUUCAGUUAACAAACCUAAUUCUUUGGUGGAUAAAAUGAUAAUAAAAAACCAACUUAAAAAGUUUAUUCUAACUUCUUGCAAAAAAAAUAUUAUGAACAAGUCAAACAAAACUAAGCCUUGUGAAAAGUGUGGUAGCAGUGAAAUAGAAAAAAAAGAAAUUUAUCAUGAUGAAGAUAAAAACGACGCUUAUCAUGUUACAACUUAUUCUCUUUAUUAUUGUAAAAAUUGUGGACCAGAAAAGAAAAAGUUAGCCGAAUUAAACUAUUGA